UUGUUCCAAGUUACAUGUGUUAAUUAAAAUUUUUGUCCAGUUUUUAGGAGGAAGAGGUUCAAUUCGAUAUUGACUUGUAGAGUUUGUGGUGGCAAUGGGAGCACCUUUGCCCAGGGAUAUGAGAUGCUCAACUAGCAUGCAUGCUAUGGAAGAGCCUAAAUUCUCCACACGCAAGUGGUACCUCAGUUGCCAAGAAAUUGAGGAAUGUUCCCCAUCUAGGAAGGAUGGCAUUGACCUUGAGGAAGAGAUUCAUUUGCGGAAGUCAUAUUGUUCAUUUCUUCGAAAGCUUGGGAUGAAGCUAGAUAUGCCUCAAGUAGCAAUAGCAUGUGGAAUGAUGUUGUGCCACCGGUUUUAUAUGCGUCAGUCUCAUGCCAAGAAUGAUUGGCAGACAAUUGCAACUGUGAGCAUAUUUCUUGCUGGCAAAAUAAUGGAAACACCACGCUUUCUCCGGGAUGUUGUUAUCGUGGCUUAUGAGAUGAUUUAUGAUUGGCAUCCUUUUGCUUCACAUAAAAUUAGACAAAGGGAGGUUUAUGAUCAGCGGAAAGAAUUGAUUGUUGUAGGGGAGAGACUUCUAUUGGCAACUAUUGCAUAUGAUCUAAAUAUCGAACUCCCUUAUAAGCCACUUGUUGCAGUAUUAAAGAGAUUGAAGAUUCAUCCUGACCUUCCAAAAGUAGCUUGGAAUUUUGUAAACGAUUGGCUUUGUACGACUCUGUGCUUGCAGUACAGACCUCAAUACAUUGCUGCUGGUUCAUUGUUCCUUGCUGCCAAAUUUCUAAAAGUGAAGCUUCAAGUGGAAGAGGGAAAGGUGUGGUGGCUGGAAUUUGAUAUUUCGCCCAGACAAUUAGAGGAUGUUAUUUUCAUCUAUUUGAUGUGUGGCCGGUUAUUGCUGUUCCUCAUGAGUCCAUGCUCAAAUAUUUCAGAGGUCAUCCAGCAGAUGCUCAGGCUGUUGGAACAAGACAGAAAAGAAGCUCUAACAUCUGAAAAUAAGAGGUUUACUCAAGCUAAUGGUUCAGCUGGAAAGCCAAUCAACAUCCAUCCUGGAUCUAAUACCAAGUGGGAUUCCUGCAAUGGAGCCAAGAGUGAUGAACUUAGCAUAUCUCUUGGCUCUGGUGGCAGGCAACCAAGCAGGAAAGAUGCCUUAUAUAGUCAAACAACUGAUAGUGGCACUAGUUCUGCUAUUGAGGACAUUGAUGGUGAGAUGAUUGCUUCAUCUCAGGCCUGUGGUCAUAGGCAAGUUCGAGUGAAGAAGGUUUUAAGACGUCAAACAAGUGAUGGCGCUACUAGUGGUAGUGUUGAUGAUAGCAAAGGUAAUAGCAAGCUAAUAACGGGGUAAUCUCAUCCAGACACAAGCAUCAACACUCUUUCUGCAUAUCAUACCUCUAGCAAGAUCUAUACUAGCCAGAUUGGAGAGACAUUGAAGAAGAGGAAAGAAGUGUCAGAUAGAGCUGGAUUCCCCCCAGUAGGAGAAGCGAAGAGGAUUUUAAGAAACUGAUCUCAACUCGUUCAUAUAUAGGUUCUGGAUUCCCCCCAGUAGGAGUUUCACUUGUCUUGCUGCAUUGAAAUGUUCUUUGGCAUGGAUAUAGAAUAUUACAGGCUUGACUUGCUUUGGAUCAAAUUAUUAACAUAAUCACAUCAUUGUAUAAGGUUUAGCUCAGGGGGUAAUCGUUCUUUAACAUCUUGAUGAUAUAUAGCAUAUAGCCUUAUGUUGCAGAUUGUUUUUGUACUUUCGAUCAUUGAAGUAGACUUGCAGCCUUUCUGGUCCAAAGGAUGUAAUUUUAAGUUCUACCAAACAAAAUGCACUUAUUAAUAUAAUUCAAAUUUGUGU